CACAAGGCGGGCUGCCGGCCGAGGAGGGCAGCGGCCCCCCCGUUCCCCGUCCGCAGCGAGCCCCCGGCCGAGCCCGUAGCGAUGCGCCGGGGCGGGCACCGCGCCGCAGCCGCAGGUAGGCCAGCUCACCUCUCCUGUGGGGACACGGGCACCAAGGUGUAAAUGGCCUCCAAACGGUGCUCGCGGUCUGCAGGGCCCGUGAUUUUCAAGAAGCUGCCUCGUCUGGAGCCCGCCCCCAGCUUCCUGCCCGGCAAAAUCCCAGGCACAUCCAGCCCCGUGCCCCACCCUGGCUCUGAAAACCAUUUCAGCUACAAGGGCUCCUACUUUGCCUGCCCGCUGCAGAGCCCCAAGGGCCCUGAGCAGCCCCUGGCUGGCUGGAGCCCCACGCCCACCUACCUGCACUACAGCCCCGGUGCCCUGGGCCAGCCUGUGCCAGCUGAGGGGCCACUGCUGGGCUUCCUGCUGUACCCAGCAGAGAGCCUGGGCACCAGGCUGCAGCCCCCGGACACCCAGAAGAGCAAGGACAGCCUGAGCCAGGAGCAGCUUAUGGCCAGAAAGAAGCUGGACAGUCCCAGGUGUCCCUUGCCGGUGAAGAAGCCAGUAGUGGUGAAGAAGGCAGCUCCUGUAGCAGUCCCCAAGCCGGUGUAUGGAGCCCCUGCUUCCUUCCUGGCUCCCAGGAUGGCUCUGCUACUGGGAACACAAACAGAGAGCCUGCAGCAACGACCAGGGGAGGCAAACUGGGCCCUACCCCCUGCCACCCACCCUCUGCACCCCAGCGAGCCCCACAAGAGCAGUACUGGUGCCAACCAGAGCCUUCUGCCACUGCCCUCCAGCCUGGCCCUGCCUUCCACAGAGCAGAUGAGCUCCCCAGCCACCUUACCCCACUACUGCAUCACCUUUGAUAAGUAUGGGCCGCCACCCCCCAGCACCCCGUUCCUGGAAGCAAGUUGUCCCUCUGCCCAGAGCCAGAAGAAGGUGCCAGAGGUGCCCAGCCUCUGCCUGGACCCCUGGCCCAAGCUCCAGCCACCUGAUACCAGCCCAGUGAUCCAGGAGAGGUCAGCAAUGUGCUUCCCACCCCCCCCAUACCCGCUGUCACCCCACAGAUCUGGUCCCCUCUACCACCCCCCGGCUCCCGCUGUGGGGGAGCCCAGUGCCCUGCCCAGCUUUGGCUACGUGGGAAGCAGGGAGCCCUUUCCCAGCACCUACCUCAAGUCCCAGGAGCCCAGGAGUUACUUUCCCAGCCCCUUGGAGCCCUACGUGCCGAGGACAGCGGGUGCCAGGCUGGGGGCAGCGCUGAGGGAUGCUGAGCCCCCCAGGGAUGCCGAGCUGCCCAGGAACAGCGGGUACCCGGGCUCUGCCGUCAGCCCGGGCGAUGCAUCCGUGUUCCACGGCUCCUUUCCCGGCACGGAGCCGGGCUGUGAGCAGCACAGGGCAGACAGUCCGCAGUGGCCAGCAGCACCGAGGCACAGCAGCGCCUUCCAGCCUGUCUGCACCCCAGAGAAGCUUCCUGGGGGCUGCGGUGGGCUCAGUGAGAUGUUUUCUGAGACAGGAGGGGGCUGGCAG